GAACUGCUUACCGACCGACUAGUCAGGAACUGCUUGACCGUGACAGCAAACGCCAUUUUGCUAUUAUUGCAGGAGGUUGCAUUAUCUUUCGUCAACAAUGUAAUGUUCGAUGUGAAAAUGUUUGAUGGAUUUUUACAGUGUUUGUGAUGUUCGAGGCCGAACUUAGCCUAAUAUAACGAAACUAGGAUUAUGGAGGAUCCCAACGAGACGGUCGAUGUCGUUCCCGAACUCUACUUUUUGAUAGCGAAAUUUCUCUCCGGGGGCCCGUUGAAAGAGACCGCAAAGACUUUGCUAAAAGAAUUGGAGAGCGUAGAGGUGCUGCCCCGACGUCUCGACUGGGAGGGACGCGAGCACUCGCAAACUUACCAUGAAUUGGAGUCGCAGUACGCGGAGGUGUCGGCGCGGCGGCUGGCGGCGGUGUGCGCGCGCGCGCUGCAGCUGGCGCGCCGCGCGAGCGCCGCGCCGCAGCAGCUCGGCCCGCGCCUGUCGCUGCUGAGCGAGGCGCUGGUGCGCGCCGCGCCGCGCUACGCCUCGCACAAGGAAGACCACGCGCUGGUGCGGCGCCUGGUGUCGCGCGAGCUGGGCGCGCGGCCGCACGUGGCGCGCGCGCCGUGCCCCUUCCCCCCGCGCCUGCUGCGCGGCGUCACGCUGCAGCGCCGCACGCUGGGCCACCUGUCCGCCGUGUACUGCCUCGCCGUGGAGCGCAGCGGGCGGUUCGUGCUCACCGGCGCCGACGACCUGCUCGUCAAGGUGUGGCGCACGGACGGGCGGCUGGCGGCCACGCUGCGCGGCGCGGGCGCGGAGAUCACGGACGUGUCGGUGUCGGCGGACGGCGCGCUGCUGGCGGCCGGCUCGGUGGAGCGCCUGGUGCGCGUGUGGUGCCUGGCCACGGGCGCGCCGCGCGCCGUGCUGCACGCGCACCAGGGCACCAUCACGUCCGUGGCCUGGGCGCCGGGCUGCGGCGAGGGCGGCGCGCGGCGCCUGGCGUCCACCAGCACGGACGGCUCGGUGGCGUUCUGGACGUGCUCGGCGGACGGGCAGUUCGCGCCGCGCCCCGUGCAGUACGUGGAGCGCCUGCGCCCCGGCGCCUGCCACAUGAUCUGCGCCGCCUGGUCCGCCGGCGGCGCCUUUCUCGCUGCAGGCAGCGCGGACCAGCGCGUGCGCGUGUACGCGUUGCACGGCGCGGCGCCGCGGCGCGUGCUGGAGACGCCGGCGCACAGCGACGCGGUUGACUCGCUGGCGUGGGCGCACCGCGGCCUGCGCUUCGUGUCUGGCAGUAAGGACGGCACGGCGGCGCUGUGGACCCUGUACGCGACGCAGUGGCGCCACACCGUGCUGCGCGUCGCGGGCCAGCAGGACGACAACAAGAAGCUCAAGGUGACGAUGGUGUGCUGGGACUGCAGCGACGAGUUCGUGAUGACGGCCGUCUCCGACAGCUCCGUGCGCGUGUGGUGCGCGCGCACCUGCACGCAGAUCCGCGUGCUGAGCGGGCACCGCGACGAGGCGUACGUGCUGGAGGCGCACCCGUGGCUGGCGGGCGUGCUGCUGUCGGCCGGCCACGACGGCCAGCUGUUCCUGUGGCACGUGCGCGAGCCGGAGCCGCUGGCCAGCUUCCACAACCUCAUCGAGGGGCAGGGCGAGGGCGCCAUCUUCGACGCCAAGUGGGGGCCCGACGGCACCGCCGUGGCCGCCUCCGACUCGCACGGACACCUCAUACUCUUGGGCUUGGGCGCGGGCCACCCUCUGCUCGCGCAGCUGCCGACGGAGCUGUUCUUCCACACGGACUACCGGCCGCUGGCGCGCGACGCGCUGGGCGGCGCGCUGGACGAGCAGACCGAGCUGCCGCCGCACCUCAUGCCGCCGCCCUUCCUCGUCGAUGUCGAGGGCGCGCCGCACCCGCCGUCGUUCCAGCGCCUCGUGCCGGGGCGCGAGGCGCUGCCGCUGGAGCAGCUGGUGCCGCGCACGCGCCUCGACGCCAUGAUCGAGGCGCUGGCCGCCGAGCCCGCCACGCCGCCCGAGGCGCCGGCCGCGCACGGCGUGUGGCGCGGCGAGGGCGUGCGCCACACGCCCGGCUCGUGGCACGGGCUCGACGUGCCGCUCAGCACGCGCCCCAUCGUGCCGCCGCUGGCGCGCGCACUGCGCGAACACAUCGACGCCACCAGCGCGGAGCUGAACGCGUGGGAGAUGGCGUGGUACCGGCGCGAGAUGCGGCGCCGCCCGCUCAUGAUCAGCACGGCGGUGGGCGAGGGCCCGCGCCGCCGCCCCGGCCGCCGCCCGCGCGCCGCGCCCCGCGCCCGCCCCGCGCCGCCCCGACCCGCGCCCCAAAUGCGCUUGGAGGACGAAGUAGCGGAAGUGCUAGAGGAAAGCGGGAACGAGACGUCGGACGAGUCCGUGCAGCUGUCUCCCUCUCGCUCGUCCCGCUCGUCACGCUCGUCCCGUUCGUCUCGCUCGUCUCGCUCGUCUAGGUCGUCCCGCUCGAGGCGCUCCAGCGACACGGACUCUGACAGCUCGCACACCGACGCCAAAAGUAACAGCUCGGCAUCGUCGCAGUACUCGGACUGGGAGGCGGGCGCCGCACUCGCGCCGCCCGCGCGCGCCCGGCGGCGGCCCGUGCCCAUCGCCAGAUACAGUCCGAGCACGGCUACAGCCAAGCGCGCGACGCCCGCCGCCGCCAGCUCGUCCGGCGCCGCGCCCGUCGCGCCGGGCAGCCCGACAGUCGCGUCGAGCAGCGCGGCAGUCGCGUCUAGCAGCGCGGGCGUCGCGCCGGCGGCGGCGGAGCUGCCCGAGGCGUACCGCGUGGGCGAGUGGCUGACGGCCGUGUCGCCGCGCAAGGCGCCCUACCACCCGCAGAUGGGCGACCACUGCCUCUACUUCCGCCUGGGCCACCAGCGCUACUUCGAGGCGGUGGCGGAGAAGGACCUGUACAAGAUCCACGCGCGCGACAAGCCCUGGGAGCUGAUGCAGCUCUACGAGUGCGAGGCGGUGCAGGUGGUGGGCAUCAAGUACGCGAUCAAGCCGCCGCGCGUCGUGUGCCUGCGCCUGUCGCGCGCGCGCGACGCCCGCGCCUUCACCGUGCGCUACCACGACAUGCCCGACGUCAUCGACUUCCUGGUGCUGCGCCACCACUACGACGCGGCGGUCGCGAGGCGCUGGGGCAGCGGCGACCGGUUUCGCUGCAUGAUCGACGACUCGUGGUGGACGGGGCAGGUGCUGGAGCGCAUCACGCCGCCGCAGAGCGCGCCGGCGCUGCCCGACGCCACCCCCGAGCAGGGCUGGGCCAAGGACGCCGCUUCAAACUUCCUGUCGCUGCGCGUGCGCUGGGACAACGGGGAGGUGGAGCGCCUGUCGCCCUGGGACCUCGAGCCGCUCGACCCCGAACGGCUGCCGGCGGAGCCGGGCGGCGCGGUGGCGGUGCUGCCGCACGAGCUGGAGGCGGUGCUGGCGCGCGGGCACGAGUGGCCGCCGCACGCCUGCCGCACCAUCGCGCACCACAUCUCGCAGGUGAUGUCGCUGUCGGUGGCGGAGCCGUUCGUGGCGCCGGUGGACCUGCAGCUGUACCCGUCCUACGCGCUGGUGGUGCCCUAUCCCGUCGACCUGGCCACCAUCCGAGCGCGCUUCGACAACCUGUUCUACCGGCGGCCGGCCGCGGCGCAGUUCGACGCGCGCUACCUCGCCUCCAACGCCGAGCAGUUCAACAAGCCGCACUCGCCCAUCGUGCGCCAAGCGCGCCUCGUCACCGACCUGCUACUUCACAUCAUCAGCUCGUGGCGGCAGGUGGACGUGGUGGCCAAGUACCACGAGCUGGCCGCCGCCUACCACUCCUCCGACGACGACGCGCCCGACAAGAAGCGCAAGACGAACCGCGGGCGCGCCAACCGGCGCAACAAAGCGCAGCAGAACGGCGUCGCGCCUGCGCAGAGCGACGAGCGCAGCUGGGAGCAGGCUUGCGCGGCGCUGCUGCGCGAGCUGUGCGCCUCGCCCGACGCCGAGCCCUUCCGCCAGCCCGUGUCGCCCCUGCAGGCGCCCGACUACCAGGCGGUGAUCCCGCGGCCCAUGGACCUGGGCACGGUGCGGCGGCGGCUGGAGCAGCGGCUGUACUCGCGCGCCGCUGAUGUCGCCGCCGACAUCAGGCUGGUGUUCGCUAACAGCCGCCUCUACAACACCAACAAGCGGAGUCGGAUAUACUCCAUGACAGUUCGCCUGUCGUCGCUGUUCGAGGCGCUGUGGGCGCGCCUGCCCGAGGCGGCGGGGGCGAAACGAGGCGCGCGGCGAGGCGCGAGGCACCGCACGCGGCGAGGCCGAGGCAGGCCCGCGCGCGAAGUUGACCUCGACCAUGCGGCGGCCGCGACGUCGGAGCCGCGUGCGGCGCGCGCUCGGCGCGCCGCGUCCGCCAGCUCGGAGGGCGAGCCGCUCGCCGCCACGUCGCGCCGCGUGCACGCGCUGCGCGGCGCCGCGGCGCACGGCGGCGGGCACGCGGCGCCGCGCCGCGCGGACUCGUGGGACAGCGACGUGCCGCUCACGUCGCACAGGAAAGGCAAAGGCGUGGGUAAGAAGAGUAAAAGCGCCGCCUCCGCCUCCUCCAGCAGUCGCGCCCCGCCCGACUUCCCGAGCACCAGCAACGGGCGCGCGACGCAGUCGGACUCGGACGGGGAGUCCAACCCCGCCCCGCGCGCCGCGCGCACCACCCCCUCCGACGACGCCAGCCUCUACACCAGGAUAGAGGUGCUGGAGGAGGAGCUGGCGGAGGACGAGGCGGAGCUGGAGUACCGGCCGCCGCCGCGGCACCGCCACCAGCACCGCGCCGCCAAGCCGCACCGGCGGCGGCGGCGGCGCGGGGCGGCGCGGGACAAGGACAGAGGGUCGGGCGAGCGACGCGCGCGCAAGCGGCGGCGCCUGCGCAGCUCCGCCAGCAGCGGCGGCGCGCCCACGCUCAAGAGGGUGCGCGAGCGGUUCUCGGAGGGCAGCUGGUCGUCGUCCAGCUCGGAGUCGGGCUCGGGCUGGGGCUCGGGCUCGGCGCGGCGGCGCUACGAGUCGGACCGCUCCUACAAGCCCGCCACCAACUACUCCACCGACGACGACCAGCCGCUGCUGGCGUACAGACAACGCGCGGGCUCGGAGGAGGGCGCGGGGCCCUCGCGCGCGGCGCGCGGCGCGCAUCGGAGCGCGGGCGUGUCGCUGCGCCGGCGCGGCAGUCCGCGGCGCUACAACGAGGACAGCGAGGAGGACUCGGUGGCCGCCAUCAGCAAGCGCGGCCCGCACCACCAGCAGCUGCAGCUGCAGCAGCACCAGCGCGCCAUGAUGCGCCACCGCCACCACGCGCAGGGCGCGGCGCACGUGGAGGCGCGCGCGGCGCGCGUGCCCGACACCGACCACAACUACUUCAACGGCCACGCGUUGCACGGCGCUCCCAACGGCGCGGGCGGCGCGUCGUCGGGCUCCGGGGGCUCCGGGCCCGUGUCCAUCUCGUCGCGCGGCCGCGUGCGCAAGCUCACCGCGAAGGCGCGCGGCCUGCUGCGCCCCUGACGCGAGCCCUAGGCCUCCCAGACCUCUGUCGGCGCGGCGCCGACCCUCGUCGGUCUGCGGGACCCUACACGUGCAAUACACAGGCGAGGGUAGCGUGAGAGCAGUGGAGCACUCCCCAGCGCGGGGAUAGUAGGCGUAUUCGUACCUAAUUCAAUACCGAUGGGAACUCGCAGGAAAUCCUGCGAGCGCGGGAACAAGGACAACGCGUGUAGUCCCCUUGUCCCCGUUAGCCGCGCCCCCGUUAACGGGGACAGCGGGAAUAGAACAAAAUUAUUAAAAACUCGUCCCGUUGUCCCCGCUCUCUGUCCUCGCUUAACGUACUUGUACACUGCAACAGUUGCACGCGCGGUCGCAGCGAGCAAAUUUCGACUUUACGAUGGCAGAAUAAAAUCGCUUUGUUCUAAAUCUAAACCAUACAUUUUGUACCACCGAUUUUUAUUUUACAAGGUUUUGACUGCAGUCGCUAAUUGUAAAUUUGUUUCUAAAAACUAUAAAAUCUGGAUCGUAGGUAAAAUGAACAUACAAUCCGAAUUUAUGAUCUUUGUCUACUAACAGAUUAUAUACAUAAAUUAUAAAUCGGCCAAUUCAUAUAAAUCACUCAUGACAUAAACUAAACUAUAUGACAGAAAAAUGUAAUUAAACGUUACAUUUUGUCCAAUUUAGUGUAAGUAAUAAAAUUGUGUAUAAUUUGUAUAUAAUUGUUGUAUAAUACAAUGAUGUACUUACGCACAGUGUUCUGUAUAAUAUUUAAUGUACGUAUAAAUUAGAAUAAGUUGAAACAGUUGUAGUUUUUAUAUGGAAAUUAGAGAUGGUCGUUUUUGUAAAAACGUUUUUGAACAACGAUGCGAGUAUACGAUGCCGGCAUCCGAUGCCAAUAUAUCGAAAAACGGAUGCCCGCAACGAAUCGAAUAAUACGAUCUGUGCGAACGAGAUAGUUGACCACGCAACGGAAAGCGGGCGGCGCAUCGGCACUACUCGGCAGUCGGCACGCCUGACGCCACUGCUACAUAUAUAUUACAUUACUAGAUGCGACAUCUUUAAUGUGGAAAGACUAGGUUUACCUAUCUACUCUAUCCACCUCAUACAACAGCAUCUAUUACGUAACUUUCAUAUAAUUUUAUGACAGAUUAUUUUUCAGUAUGUAGGUAC